AUGGACCAGAACCAGGAGGAGGGAAAGUCCACUUCAUUCACUACCACCGCCAACAAUGUGAAGCCGCCGCCGGAGCCGGAACCGGCGGCGGUGUGCAUGAAUGAGAACUGCGCUGUAUCUCUGCCGUCGUCGUCCUCAGCUGAUGAUUGCACCAGAGGCUGGCCUCUGCGAUCCCCCGGAAAGUUCGCCACUCUCUGCCGCAACUGCGGAGCUGCUUAUGAACAAUUUGCAUUCUGUGAUUUGUUCCACUCGAGAGACUCUGGCUGGAGGGAAUGCAGGUCAUGUGGCAAGAGGCUUCAUUGUGGAUGCAUUGCGUCAAGCUCUAUGCUGGAACUACUUGACAGUGGUGGCGUAAUCUGUAUUAGCUGCUCACGGUAUCAUGGACUUUGUUCUAAUUCUACCCUCGAAAACAAUGAAGAUUUCAGAGUUACAUCUGUUAAUGCUGUUGGAGAGAAUCAGCUGACUUCAGCAGGCAAUCAAUCAAAUGUUGGCAUCACUGAAAAGACAAACCUUGUCCAAUGUUGUGAUGAUACAGAGAACGCGAACCCGUCACUGUUGCUCCCAUCUCAGUCUGAUGAUGUGAUUCAGUCCGUUGGGCAAACAAAAGUAGGAGAAGAAAUUGGAUUCCCAUUGUUGCCAUUUUCAAGCCAGUCAUCAUUUGAGGCAUCACAUGAUGCAAAACCAAAUCAAAAUGAUGAGAAUACAGAGAUUAAUGAUAUGUCUGGAUCAUUACUUGAGACAAAUUUAACCAUAUCACUUCCAGCUACUGCAGAGAAUGGAAAUCUUUUGACGGGGGCAGUUGUUGAAGAAAGGUCAUUGGGCAAGAACAUUCCUCCCAUUCCACAGGGGUCUAAACCUCUACAUCUUUUGCCCAAACCACAAAAGUCUAUUAUGGCUGCUGGACUGGAGACAAAUGUUAGCUCGGUCUCCUCACAGUUACGAGUUGCAAGGCCUCCAGUUGAAGGAAGAAUUAAGAAUCAGUUGCUUCCUCGUUAUUGGCCUAGGAUAACUGACCAAGAGUUGCAGAAAAUAUGUGGAGACUCAAACUCCACCGUUGUUCCAUUGUUUGAAAAGGUUUUGAGUGCCAGUGAUGCCGGUCGAAUUGGUCGUUUGGUUCUUCCAAAAGCAUGCGCCGAAGCAUAUUUUCCACCUAUUUCUCAACCAGAAGGCCUUCCUUUGAGGAUUCAAGAUAUCAAGGGAAAAGAAUGGGUGUUCCAGUUCAGGUUUUGGCCAAAUAAUAACAGUAGGAUGUAUGUCUUAGAAGGUGUAACCCCUUGCAUACAGUCAAUGCAAUUACAAGCCGGAGAUACUGUGACGUUUAGUCGGAUGGACCCAGCGGGGAAACUUCUAAUGGGGUUUCGGAAGGCCUCAAAUACCAUUUUCAUGCAGGACAAGCAUCCAGGCUCCAGUCAUAAAGGCAAUUUUUCAAGAGAAUCGUUGGUUAUGCCAGUUUCUGAUAACCUAAAUUCAGUAAACGGCCAACCGGGCUGCCUCCAGCUAUUUAAGGGAAGUAAGGAUCUUUCUUUGAGUUCAUUGUCAAAGCAUCAUUUCAGUGAUGGGGAUUUUGGAUGCUAUAUUGACGAGACGAAUGGUGGGAAACCUCUGGAUGGUCCAUCAGAGCGCAAAAAGAGUAGAAACAUUGGGUCAAAGAGUAAGAGACUUCUCAUAGAUAGUGUGGAUGCUUUGGAGCUGAAACUUUCAUGGGAAGAGUUACAGAAUAUGCUUUGUCCUCCUCCCAGUGUAAAGCCCAGCACCGAAGCAAUUGAAGAUCAUGAAUUUGAAGAAUACGAUCUACCACCGGUAUUUCCAAAGAAGAGCAUUUUCACGGUCCGCCUCUCCUCAGGGAAGCAGGAGCAAUGGGCUCAAUGUGAUAGUUGCUUAAAGUGGAGGUGCCUGCCAGCUACUGUCAUUCUUCCCCCUAAGUGGACAUGUGAGGAUAAUACUUGGUCUAACAGCAGAUCUUCGUGUUCUGUGAAAGACGAGCUAAGUCCAGAGGAGCUUGAAAAUCUUCUCAAGAUGAGCAUAGAAAGUAAAAGACAGAGAAUGGAAGCCGCACUUGAGUCAGCACAAACCUGUGAAACUUCUGACCCAGAUGGUUUGGGAAACCCUGCUGUUCCUGCUGCAUCUGUUAAAACGACUACAAAGCACCCAAGGCAUCGUCCUGGCUGUUCUUGCAUUGUCUGCAUUCAGCCACCAAGUGGGAAGGGCAAACACAAGCCGACAUGCACGUGCAACGUGUGCAUGACCGUGAAGCGGCGUUUCAAAACCCUAAUGAUGCGCAGAAAGAAGCGGCAAUCAGAACGCGAGGCAGAAGUUGCUCAGAGGAGUAAUAAGUUUUCUUGGAACCUUCCUAAGGAUGAAGAAGCUGAAGUAGCCAAUAGCUAUGGACCUCCUUACCAGGAUAAUCAUCCUCAUGGGCAAAGUGAGACAACAGAUUUUGAAUUCAAAAGCCAAACUAAUGCCACCACGCUAGAUGAAAUCAGAAAAGGACAACAACUGGACUUGAAUAAUCAUCCAGGCCUUGAAAAAGCUGCAGCAGAACAAAUUUCGUCAUCCGCCCGUGUCAGCAUGAUCACUCUCCUUCGAGAGGCAAGCCUACCUUUGGAAAAUUAUCUGAAACAGAAGGGUCUCACUAGUUUGGUUUCUGAUGAAUUAGAGGGGCUCCCGGUGCCCCAAGCUGUGAGAGGCAAUGAGGAAGUGGUUGCAGUUGACCAAAAUCAAGAGAUUAAAGAGGAUCUUCCAGAAGUAGCAGAUCAAUCUAGUAGUGAUGGCUCUUGA